ACUCUGCUGGUCGGCAUGUUGAAUACCGAUACAUGGACAGGAAAAAUAACAAGAUAUGAUCACGAAGGACAAUAUAUACAGACCAUACAACACGGCAACACAGGCCAAGAACUGUAUAGUGAUCCAGCUUACAUAACAGAAAAUAGCAAUAGAGAUAUUAUUGUGUCUGAUUGGGACCGUGGUGCUGUAGUGGUGACAGACAGUACGGGUAGGCAUCGUUUCUCCUACACAGGCCCUCCAUCAGGAUCACCACUAGCACCACGUGGAAUCUGUACUGACGUGCUGUCACACAUCCUUGUAUGCGAUGCCAACACAAACACUGUACAGAUGAUAGACAAGGAUGGCAAUUUCCUGUCAGUGAUACUGACACAACAACACGGAAUACAUAGACCAUGGUGUUUGGGAUAUGAUAACAAGAAACACCUUCUAUGGGUUGGAUCAUUGAAUGACAACAGAGUGUUUGCAUACAGAUACAUAAACAGACAUGAUUAUCUGACAGGCUUGCGUGCUAAUAUGAACAAUUGUAGUAUGCUGUUUCCAAACAAAAAAAAAAUGCCAGAAAAAGGUAGGAGCAGUCAGAAAGUGCAAGACCAAUUUUUAAUAGAACCGGAGAAAACUUCGUCACAGGAAACUCGAAAGAGUAAAUCGAAAGACGCAGGAAGAGCUGGUGAGAAGGCUGAGAAAGUUGAGAAAGGGGGUAUUUCUAAAAAUGACCUCAAAGAACUUAUGAUACAAUUAUUUAAAACAAUGGAGAAGAAUAUUGAUGACGAUUGA